AUGGUUACAAAACACUACUCCUCUGAAAUUAGGUCCAGGACGUACGUGGUCAGAUUUUUCUCUGCAGAAGAGCAGAAGACGCGGAAGGCAUGCAGAGAACGCGCGGGAGGGGGGCGCGUGCAGAGGAGCGCGCACGUAGACGCGCGCGGGGUCGCCCGGGGCGAGGAGAGGAGGGUCUGCGGGAGCCGCCGGCGGUGGGGGUGGGGUGGUGGGCGGUCCUGCCCAGGGCGGGGCUGUCUCAGCUGCCAGAAGCCCGCGGAGCCGGCCGCGCCCUGCGCCCGCUGUGGGGGGUGGAAGUGCGGCCUGAGCCCCGAGCCGGUCCCGCCACCCUGUCGAGGUGGCGACUCCGGGGAGCCGCCGGCACAGCGCGUGGACAAGGGCGACGAGGCCUUCCGCGCGGGCGAGUACGACACGGCGUCCGAGCUCUUCCGCUCGGCGCUGGCCGGCCUGGCGGAGCCCGACCGCGGCCUGUGCCUGCGGCUGGGGGACGCGCUGGCCCGCGCUGGCCGCCUCCUCGAGUGCCUGGGCGCGUUCCGCGGCGCCGCGCGGCUUGGGGCGCUGCGGCUGGACGAGCUGGGGGAACUGACGGUCAGCCUGGCGCUCGCCCUGGGCCCGCGCGAGCUGCGGGAAGGCCCGGGCUGCGCCCCCGGGGAGGCGCCCCGGGACCUGCUGGGCUGCACGUGCUGCCGGCGGCUGCUGCACAAGCCACUGACGCUGCCGUGCGGCCUCACCGUGUGCGGGCGCUGCGCCGAGCUGGGCCCGCGCCGGGUCAACGUGGUGCUGAGCGGCCUGCUGGAGAAGUCCUUCCCGGGCGAGUUGGGCGCGCAGGCGCGGAACCUGCAGCGCUAGCGGCAGCCGGCCGCGCUAGCCAGGUGUCACCAAGCCCUGGACCUGGCUCCUGGUGAUAAUUCAUUAUUGCUGCUGUGAGCAGAGUUGUAUUUAUUCAUGAAGAACUAUGAACAGGCUCUGCAGGAUGCUGGUGAAGUUUGUCAGAAUAAACCUGUCUUGCCUAAGGGGCAUCAUGUGAAAGCCCAGGCUUUCUCUGGACUGGGAAGAAGUAAGGAAACGUUGAGGGAGUUUCUCUACUGCCUUGCUUUAAAUCUUGAAUGUAACUCAGUGAAGAAAGAAGCCCAGAAGGUUCUGUGUGAGGUGUUUUUCCCAACCUCAGAAAACAUGCCUCAGAAUUUAACAUCUUCCACCCAAAGUAUAUUGUUGACCAUGAGAUUAAAGGCUCAAUUUCAGAGCCAUAUGAACAGCCAGGGUCCUGUGGAGGAAGGUGGCAGUGCAGGAAGGUCUAAGGUAGGAACUGAAAAACCUGAUGUGUUUAGAAAUAACAGUUCCUCAGUUUUACAUUUCAUACUGAGCUUACACUGUGAAGAGGAUCAGGAGGUGUUAGACGGCAUCCUUCCAAUGGAGCCCGGCACUGGUUUAAAGAGACAGUUUCUGAAUGACUCGGAGGAUGCACACGAUGUGAACGCCCCUGGAAAAAUUCCCAAGAAAGAGGCUGACUUCUUACCCCAAAGAAAUGUGAACUCUAACACAGGAGAAAGUGAAGAGCUCCCCACAGAGGUGGCUGACUCCAGGUGUGCCCUUUGUAUGAGGUUGCUCUUUGAACCUGUUACUAUGCCCUGUGGACACAUGUUUUGCCUGAAAUGCCUCGAGUGCUGCCUGGACCACGCCAUGCAUUGUCCCUUGUGCAAAGAAAAACUUUCAGAAUAGUUGGCAAGCAGAAAUUUUAAUAUGACUGCUCUGGCCGAAGAAUGCAUAUCUCGGUAUUUCUCAGGUGAGCUUUCUGACAGAGAGAGAGUCUGUGAUGAAGAAAGGACGGAGUUGUCCAAUCUGACCAGAGAUGUGCCCAUCUUUGUGUACGCCAUGGCCUUCUCCACCAUGCCCUGCCCGCUCCGUCUCUUUGAGCCCUGCUAUUGGCUUAUGAUAUGAAGAUGCCUGGAAACGGGCACCAGACGGAGUGGCAUGUGUUUAUCUGCUGAGCACGCAGGGAUCCUGGAGUAUGGCUGCAUGCUGGCAAUCAAGGACACCAGGACAUUCCCCGACGGCGGCUCCAUCGUUGCCGUGGGGAUCGGCCGCUUCCGGGCUUUGAGCCACCAUCACAGAGACGGCUACCAGGCGGACACUGAAUACUUGGAAGAUGCAAGGCUGAGGAGUGGAAGGCCCAGAGUGCGAGGAACUCUGUAUGCUGUAGUUUAUCAGCAGUCAGUGUCCUGGUUGUCACUUCAGGAUCCCACAAAAGAGCAGAUUUUAAGCCAUUUUGGAUCAAUGCCAGACAGAGAACCUGAGCCUCAGAGUAACCCUAGUGGUCCUGCGUGGUCCUGGUGGAUGCUGGUGGUGUUGCCUUUGGCGUAGAAGGCUCAACUGGCCACACUGGGCAUGGUCUCGCUGAAAGAGCGCCUGCUUGCCAUUGGGCGAAUAUUAGUCGUCAUCACGUGUAAGAUGAACAGUCGGCAAGAGCUCAUUAAUAGCAAGGAGAAAAAUAGUUGAUUUCUGUCGAGGCUUCUGGAAGGCCUUGAGUUUUUGUGAGGCGUGCCAGGGAUGGAUGAGUUAACAUCCAUCCAUCAUGCUUUGUAAAAUGCUUGUUGAUAGGGUUCCAGAAUGGAACACUUGGCAGACAUUGUCUCCUACUCAGAAGUUAAGUCUGUUCUAGAUGGAAUCUGACUCCGUACAAGGUCAGCCUGAAAUCUGAAUGGAUCCCAUGGUUGGAAAACAACCUAAAAAAAUCUCUCUGGAACAGAUGCUUCCAGUGCUCAGUACACUAAAGAUAAUUGACGAGUGGUUUAGGUUUUGCCAGAAAGAAGAUUGCCUUCCCAGUGAAGUGUCUUGCUCCUCCAGACGGAAACAGCUUGCUUGGGUGGGUGGGUAGUAAGAAGGAAACUGUCUUGUUAUCUGGAAGCAUAUUUCUCAGAGUCUGGGCUAGCUGAAAACAUGCUUAUGAGGCUUUGUGUGAAAUGGAGAAAUCAAACCGUUGUCCAGUGUUGGGGGUGAAGUUAGUCCUUAUCCAGGAAGUAGUAUAGAACCAAAUAGAGCUGUGUUUUUGUGUCCUGCAGUAGUUCAAAUGUGGUAAAUUGCACAUUUUAACUAAAUGAAUAUUAGAAUAUAAGAAGGUGUACCUUAGAUGUAGAAAAACCUGAAAACAGUGUAGUUGAUUUGAGGAUAUGCAUUUGUGCGUGCACACACACCCACAUGCACACCCAGACAGCACAGGGUGAAUAAAGGGAGCUAGAAUUCCACCCAUAUUGAGAUGUUAAGAAUACAACCAAAAUAGUGCAGAGAACCCCUUGGAAACACAAUGUCUUAUUAAUCCAGUGGGUGUGAAGCAUUUAGAAAAUGUCAGGUUUCUACUCAGAUUGGCGUUAGAUGUUAGACCCAUCAGUAAAUUUGAGCUCACUGUCCAUCCACUGAAAGACGUUAAAAAGGUGCUAUGAAUUCGGUAUCUGUUUAUCCCAAGAAAGCACACCAGGACAAUAUACAAAGAGAGGGAGGUGGGUAUGGGAUGUAAAUAUUCAGCAAGUUUUUUUUUUUUCCAAACCCAGCCUAAAAUUUUUUUUUUUUAAGUUUUACUAUGAUCAGACUAGUUGUUAUCUAUUGAAAUACUGUGUAUAACUUCAACCCCCUGGUGAAUAUUGAUGAUGUUAGUUGGAAUAACCAUUUGAACACGAUGUGCUGACUCAUUCUCACUGGCCAACAGCUGGUAUGUUUAGGUGGCUUCUUGGUCUGUGAGGUGGAUGUUUUUAAUGAGAUGAUGAAAACCACGCUAGAGAGUUAUCACAGCUUUGAGUUCUGCUUUAUUAUUCAUUCAAGAUAUGUGAUGUUUGAGUUUUAAAAAAUGGAGUUAAUGAUGACCAGUGGUGGUUGGUUCAUCAAUCCAUCAAGCAUUUUUAUUAGAAAGAUUUCAUAGUCAUAUUUGUUUUUAGUUGUAGGAGGUUUCAGUGGCAGAAACUCAGUUUCAUUAUGGAGUGAGCAAAUACUUAACUUAAUCACAAAGAAAAUUUGAAGGUAUUUUCCAAUCCCUGUUUCCAGUGCCUUACAUACUGUGUAUCUUAAAUCUCAUCUUAAACAUGGUUUAAAGGCAAUUUGGCCAAGUGAUUUCUAAAAUCUGUUAUUGAUUCAUGCGUUGACAAUGUGUGUGCCCAAUCUCUCAGUCAUGUCUGACUCUUUGCAAUGCCAUGGACUGUAUGUAGCCUGCCAGGCUCCUCUGUCCAGGGAAUUUUCUAGGCAAGAAGACUGGAGUGGGUUGCCAUUUCCUUCCCCAGGGGAUCUUGCCGCCCCAGGCGUCUCUUGCCCUGGCACGUGAAUUCUUGACCUCUAGCACCCCUGGGCACCCCUGCACUGCCGGUAGUAGUCACCAUUUUCAGGCACUACAGCCUAAGCUGAUCACCGGAGAGAAAGCAGAACUGCGGUAUACCAGACACCUCUGUUAGAAGCGGUUCUUGACCGUGGGUGUACCUUGACCGUGGUCUUUCUCUUCUUGAAAAUCUUUUUCUACCUUAAAGCCUUAUCGUUGCUGUUCUGUGUGGGAGUGUCCAGAUAACCACAGUGUGAUCCUGCUUUCUCCAGGAGAUGUCCUGAAGUUAAGUUUCUGUGCUCAGAGCAUAGAGUUUCCUCCUACCAGUUGGAUGCUAUUGCUUUCUCAGCCUCACUCUUGAAAUGUCAUAACUUGCACAGUUCUUUAACCAGAAUCCUUGUUACCUCUUCCUGAUUCGGUCUGCCCCUUUCUGAGCCGUAUUGUCGUUCUGUGUGUUCUCGUAUAAAAGUCUGGUCAGUAGUGAUGAUGCAGACCAGAGCAGCAGAAAUUUUUUCAUUUAACUUUGAACUUUUAAUUUUGUAUUGGGAUAUAGCAGAUUAACAAUGUUGUGAUAGUUUCAGGUGAAAAUUGAAGGGGCUCAGCCAUACAUAUACAUGUAUCCGUUCUCCCCCAAACCCUGCUCCCAUCCAGGCUGGUACAUAACAUUGAGCAGAAUUCCCCACAGUAGGUCUUUGUUGGUUAUCCAUUUUAAAUAUAGCAGUGUGUCCAAGUCCAUCCCUAACUCCCUAAUUAUCCAUUCUCCUGGCAAACAUAAGUUCAUUUUCUAAGUCAAAAGCUUUUUUUUGUUUGUUUUUGUUUGACACCAAAGGGAAUGGACUGCAAUCGCUUCAUGCUCUGUGUAGCCUCACACCUCCACAUCAUUCAAAACAGGAGGUGGGUACUUCCUGAGCACUUGGGUUACAUUAUUUAUCAUGAAGCCGAAUGAAAGAAACAAUAUCCCAAGUCAUAUUAGGAAGAAAGCUUCCUUUUACAAACUUCAAGGAAUCCCAACUCUGGUUUGCUACAAGUCUACUUAAAACAGAGCGGUUCAUAUGCCUCCCUGUUCCUCCUUCCUCUUUUUUUUUUUUAAACUAUGAUAGAGAUGUUACGUCUAAGGAUAUCUCAGAAAAUAAUGUAAUUCCUUGUUCAAAGUCAGAGCAUUCCAGUUUAACUUCACUGAAAACUUUCUGGUCCUAAUGCUCUAGUUACAUCAGAAUAAAAACAGAAUCUGCUUAGAGUGAUAAAAGUUUGGGGGUUAAUUUUUCUUCCUUAAAUUUAACACUGGAAGCACAGUACACUCUGUUAGAUAUUUUUCCAGUCACUCUUCUGAGUGACUUGAUUCAUAAUUCCAUCCCUGCCUGUGUCUUUGAAAUGCAACUGAUACCCUGACAGUAUUCUGAAAGUCCAGGCGAUUUUGCUGGGGUGGGGGGUGGGUUAUCUUGUUCCCUGUGUAUCCCUGUCAUCUGAAUUGAAAGAAUAUUUUUUUAAAGUUCCAAAUUUAAAAAAAAAUUUAAAGUUUCAAGAUUUAUCCAUGCAACCACCAUAGGUUCUAACCAAUUCACAUGCCAAAUUUUGAAGGGUGAUCCCAUUUUAUAUAUAAGGAUCACAUCCUUAUAAUCAAAGAGAUGUCUUUGUUUAAACUGCUUCUCUCACCCAAACCAAGAAAAUGCCAAGAAAACAUUUAGUAAGUUGUAACUCAACUCUUAACAUAUGUCAAGUCUUAGGACAAGGCUUUUCAGUCAUCAAAGAACAAAUUUAUAGAUGGUAAAAUUGCUGUGAACCAUGAUAUUACCAUUUUGUCAUAAAAUUAUUUGAAAGUUGGCCAUUGAUACAAUGAAAAUACUCCAUUGCCUGACCUAGCUGUAUUACAUAAAGUCAUUCGGAUCUAUGACCUGCUUUUUAAAAAAUAUUCAUUUGUUUCUUCUCCUUCUUGUCUUUCUUUAUAUUUUCUCCCACCACUUAAAUUACUGUUUAAAAUUUAGAUGCUGUCUUUGAAAUAAUAAAUCUAAAAAAUAUGGAGAAGAAUGAACAUCAUUCAUUAGGAGGAAAAUCAAUGAGGUUGGUUUCUUUCUUUGUGAAGCGCAGGUUUCAUUUUACGCAGCUGUGCCUGGAGUCAGCUAGGGAGGUUUCCCUUCUCCCAUUUUAACGUGGGUAGCAGUGGCAGCUUGCAGGAAGAAGCUCUCAGUGCUUAGCACACCAUCUGUCCUGAAAGGCCCUGUUCUGAUUCUGUGGUUCAUCAGCACUUAAUUCCCAAGGAAGGUGUGAGUCGCUCAGUCGUGUCCAACUCUUUGCGACCCCAUGGAUGGUAGCCUGCCAGGCUUCUCUGUCCAUGGAAUUCUCCAGGCAAGGAUACUGGAAUGGGCUGCCAUUCUCUUCUACAGGGGCUCUUCCCAACGUAGGGAUUGAACCCAUGUCUCCUGCGUUGGCAGGUGGAUUCUUUAUCAUCUGAGCCAGAUUUGAAUGGUAGGGACAUCUGUACCAGCCACACAGGUGAGAUUGAACCCUGAAUGUUGCCAGAUAUCACCUCCUCUCCACUAGGCCUAAAUGCCUAAAUCUAAGCCAUUGACUUCUGUGUCCUAGAAGAAGGUCUUUUUACCAUUACAGUUCCUUACCUGGACUUUUAGUGCUCAACUUAGUGCUGAAAAAAAAAAAAAACACCAAGUGCCAAAAUCUGCUGAAUCCUAUAAAGUAGCUUUUAGUAGUGAAUCUUAAGUAUGUAUCAAAAAGACAAUACUUUGGCCACCAGAUGCCAAGAGCCAACUCAUUAGAAAAGAGCCUGAUGUUGGGAAAGGUUGAGGGCAUGAGGAGAAAGGGGAGACAGAGGA